AUGCCAUUCAAAGUCGCUGUCAUCGGCGCCGGACCCGCGGGUCUGUCAACGGCGCGGUAUCUCAAAUGGGCACAUCAUUUCUUUGCGAUUGAGCCCAUCGAGGUCCGCGUAUUCGAAAAAGAAGAAGACAUUGGCGGGACCUUCAAGUAUCGUGUCUACGAGGAUGCCGAGCUUGUGUCGUCCAAAUAUCUGACCGCCUUCUCCGACCAUCGGCUGCCUCGAGACGCUCCUGACUACCUCACUCCAGACCUCUAUGUACAGUACCUUAAUGAAUACUGCGACCGUUUCCAGCUCCGGCCAAUUAUCGAAUGUUCUUCGCCGGUAACCCGCAUUCGUCGAACUAAAGACGGAGGACAUCUUGUCACUGUCACCAAACAUGACGGGACCACCUUCGACUAUGCAUGCGAUGCUGUUGCCGUGUGUUCGGGCCUCAAUGUCGAACCUCGCAUUCCACCCAUCAAAGGCCUUGAAAGGGUUCCCAAAGUACUCCACUCUUCGGAUUUCAAGACUCGGGAUCAGCUACGGGCUAUCAAAAGCGAGAAGCCAACUGUUGUUAUCGUCGGCACGGGGGAGACAGCGCAGGACUUGGGCGAAAUUACCGCGACAACCGAGAACAUCCAGCACGUUGUUAUGUGUCAUCGCGAUGGAUUUAUCGUAGCACCAAAAACUGUACCGGCUCCGGCCAUGUUUGGUUUCUGGGGCAAGGAUCACAAGAUCAAGGAGAAGCCAGUAGACUGUUCUAUCGCAAGUCUGUUCGAUACCGCCUAUGUACCACCGAAGCUACAAUCGAGCCAGCUGCUCUGGGAAUUCUACAACCAGCAAAUCGAUGUCACCUUCUCGCUUAUAGGAGGAACUCUUGAGGGGUGGGACCAGUUGGUAGGGGGAUUGCGCCGUGAGAGAAUGCACAUCGAUCAUUUUUUUCCAGCAAAAUCCGCCCGAGCUGUCCCGUACAUAUCAGCACCCUGGCGUAAGCCACUUUCGUUUAUGGAGCGUAUUCGCAGGUUCUUUUUCCACAUAAAGGAGCUCGAUAUCGAUCCGAAGGGCCGGUAUAUUGAUGUAGCACCUUGGCCUGACUACGUCGACGAUGACGGCAUAAUGCACUUCAUGGAUAAUGGAAGACCGGAAGCAGAGAGAAUGAAAGGGAUUACCGUCAAGCCGGACUUAGUGUUAAUGGCGACAGGUUAUACUCGCCGCUUCCCGUUCCUAGACGACAGCUACGGCACCCCUGAUUCAGCGGAUGUGCGAGCUGUCUACCACAGUAACGAUGUAUCUGUGGGUUUUAUUGGUUUUGUGAGACCCAACUUGGGUGCUAUUCCCCCCUUGGCCGAGAUGCAAACCCAGUUUUGGAUUCUCCGUCUCCUUCAGUCAAAGUAUCCCUCCAUUCCCGGCCUUACUACAUCAGAAGGCAACCUUCCUCUUGACCGCAACGCAUUACCCGGUUACGACAUCGACUGGAAGCUGCACGCCCGGUGUGGUCGGGACCCUUGGGCAGAGAAGCGCGGUGUCGACCAUGAGAGCUACGUCUAUCAACUAGCUCUUGACAUGGGCUCUGCACCACGCUUUAGUUACGUCUCUUCCAAGGGGUUCCGUACCCUUUUCACCUGGGCUAUGGGAAGUAACUUCAAUUCCAAGUUUCGUCUGGUUGGACCUUGGAAAAACGAGGAAGAAUCCCUGCGAAUCAUGCGUGGGGAGCUGUUUGACAUUGUCAAGCAGUCCGGUGGAAUGCUGUACCUGUUUGCUAAUACUGUGAUACCCAUGUUCUUGUUUGGAUCCAUGAGCGUUGCUAUUCACGCUUGGGACUGGGCGAAGAGUCUUUUCAGCCCUUUUGGUCGCAAAGAAAGCCGAAUUCGCCUUUCUGAUUGCUGA